GUAGAAAGGGGAGGUGCUGGGGGGUUGAUGCGAGGGGGAGGCAUAGCAGGUGCGGGAUGGGGUCAUCACUUCACGUUCACUCACUGUAAAUUCAACAAAAGGGACGCCGUGUUUGAGAGCACGCGCGCGUGCCACGUCCAUCAUCUGGAACGCAACGCGUUUCGUUUGGCGGAUACUUGAUCAGUCCGCUGCACCCAAAUGCGGGUUUUUGUGUUCUGGACGACAGAUGAUUGAAAUUGUAGCCCGGUGCAAGCAUCUCCUCGCCGCUUACGAUAUUGACGAAUCAUGUGGACAUGCAGGACUCGGGAAAAGAGUCAGUGUGAGAUUGGGGGGGGUGGGGAUCUGACUGGUGCCUCCUUUCCAAAGCCACGCCCCCUUCACCCUGCUAAUGACGGGCACUUAACCGCGCCUGCACGUUGCCUGUCCCGCACACUGGAAGCAGCUACAGCGGCAAGAGGAAGAAAAGUCCAAACAAGACGACAGCGAAAGCGAAAAGAAGAAGAGGAGAACCUCCCGCAAUUAAAGUUUGCCCAUGCGGACACUUUUGCCCGCGCGAUGGAUUUGGCGGAGCGCCGCUACUUGUCUCCGUACAACUACACCUUCAAUUUCUGGAACGACUACCUGGGCUUGUCCACCCUCGUGGCCCCGAACCGGAUCCGGGGCCCGACCGGGUGUAGCGGCCCCAAUUCCAUAACGGAGUCGCUGAAAGCCACGCUGGGUUUGGACGACUCGCCGGACGAGCUCCGGCAGUGCUUCUCGCUGCUCCGCCGACGGCCACUCGGCGACCUCGGGGCGGCCGGGGACGGAGACGACGCGGCCGCCUACGCGGGGUGCGGCUCCACGAUGUUUGCGGAGGGUCCGGAGCGCGGACGCAAGCCGGCUGCGCGCGGCAAGGCCGAGCCCAGGGUGUGCGUGUUUUGUCGGAAUAACGGCGCCCCGGAGGAGGUGUACGGCACGCACAUUCUGAAGACGGCGGACGGCCGGGUGCUGUGCCCCAUCUUGCGGGCGUACACUUGCCCGCUGUGCAGCGCCAACGGGGACAACGCGCACACCAUCAAGUACUGCCCGCUCUCCGCCAGGGAGCCGCCCGGGGGCCACAGGAUGAUGCCGCAGGCUAAGGGGAGCAGAGCGCCCGGCAAGAGGCUCAAACUCUUCUCCUGAAUGUCAAUGUCAUGUCAUCCGGAUAACCGCCGCCAAGGUUGAAAAACAUUCAUCGCAAGUUUUUUUUUUUUGAUGGGUAGGAGGUCACCACCAAUCAUUUGCGGGGGGUUAAAAAUUCACCCACGUUCACUCUCAUUUAUAGGAGGUCAAAUAAUAUCAUCUCUGCUAUUUGUUAAUUCAUUUGGACCAAAAUGAUGUAAAACCGGAUUUGAUCCGGAUUGCACAUUUAGGGUGAAUGCAAAUGGAACAUGUUUCAGAUGGGUUACGAAAGACAAAAUGUCGAAGUCAUUUUAUGGGUUGGGAGAGAAAAAAAUUAAAGGCCAUGUCCAAUUUGAACGUGGUGUAUGCUGCAACGGCAAACGAAAUUGAAUCCAGAUAUGAUGCUGAUUACAUAUCCGGACUGAUUCAAAGUGUUUCAAUAUCUUGUUUCUAAUAGUAUAUUUCAAUUAUCUGCCCACUUAUAUCUUUAUACGAGACAAUGAUGAUCUAAUUUCCACCAUAUGUUCUAUCUACUUCGAAGAAAGUCAGAGAGGCGUUUUAUGUGUAUUAAUCCAGAUCUAAUUCAGUUUGCACUUUUGCAAUUUUAAACUUGUUGAGAUGGUUUACAGAGACAAAAUGUUAGCAUUUUAAUGAAAGGUGUUAAGAUCCAAUGUUAAACAUAGUUUAAUCCCGGUCUGAUCUCGAUUGUGGAUUCACGACAAGUGUAAAUGAAAAAUGUGUAUGUGGUUAAUAAGAGACAAAUGUGUUUUAAAAAAAAAGGUGAAAUA